GAGUUGGUGGAGCAAGAAUGCAAGAAAUGGGAAAGCAAAGGGAUUAACAUUAAAUAUGAGAUAAGGGACAAUCGACAUGGAUAUAAAGCAGGUGCUCUAAAGGAAGGAUUGAAGCGCGACUAUGUACAUAACUGUGAUUAUGUUGCUAUAUUCGAUGCAGAUUUUCAACCUGAAGCUGAUUUUUUAUUGCGAAGUAUUCCUUUUCUCAUCCACAAUUCACAAGUAGCUUUGGUACAAGUUCGAUGGAAAUUUGUGAAUGCCAAUGAAUGUAUGAUGACAAGGAUACAAGAGAUGUCAAUGGAUUACCAUUUUAAAGUUGAACAAGAAUCUGGUUCAACCAUGUACGGCUUCUUUGGUUUCAAUGGAACUGCUGGUGUUUGGAGAAUAUCAGCUCUUGAAGAAGCUGGAGGAUGGAAAGAUCGAACAACAGUGGAGGACAUGGAUUUAGCAGUUCGAGCAACUCUUUGUGGUUGGAAAUUCAUUUUUGCAGGCGACAUCAAGGUUAAAAGUGAAUUGCCUAGUACAUUCAAGGCGUAUCGUAAUCAACAAUAUCGAUGGGCUUGUGGUCCAUCUAAUUUAUUUAGAAAGACUGCGGAAGAGAUACGAAGGACAAAGAAAAUAUCACUAUGGAGGAAAAUACAUUUGAUGUAUAGCUUUUUUGUCGUUCGGAGGAUUAUAUCCCAUAUUGUUACCUUCACAUUUUACUGUGUGGUCAUACCAGCAUCAGUUUUUGUUCCGGAAGUCAACAUUUCAUCGUGGGGAGUGGUUUACAUCCCCACAACAAUUACUCUUCUGAACUCAGUUGGAACUCCAAGCUCAUUCCAUCUAUUACCCUUCUGGAUCUUCUUUGAGAAUGUUAUGUCCAUGCAUCGCACAAGAGCAGUUCUGACUGGUCUAUUGGACAUGGGAAAAGUAAAUGAAUGGGUUGUGACUGAGAAACUAGGAAAUGCUGUAAAGGCAAGUAAUGACAAAGAACCUGGCAAAAAAUCUGGAUCACCAUCAUCCAAAAGGAUUCUUCUCCCAGAGCUUGGAAUGGCAGUAUGCCUUUUCCUAUGUGCAUGCUAUGACUUUGCCUGUGGGAAGAACAACUACUUCUUUUACAUCUAUCCACAAUCCAUCACAUUCUUCAUCCAAGCAACUUUUGAUACUUUUUCCUCUGAAAGUUGAAUGUGUAAUACCAAUAUUUGAACCUCUGUUAAAUCUUAACAAUGAAGAAAAUGAAUUCUUUUCGCAUCUUCUUCAUUGACAAUGUGGCAGGAUUAUCUUGUUCAUUUGGUUAAAUUUGUCAUGGUUUAAAACUUAGAUAAUGUAUAUUGAAGG